UUUGAAUUUGUUUGUUUUCAAUCAAAGCCAUUGUUAUCAUUUAUUUUUCACCAUAAAAAGACGAAACAAUGGCAGAAAAAGAGAAUUGUUGUACUCAUGUAUGUGCAUCACAUGAGGAAUGGCAUUGCGAUCAUUCUUAUCACGUUGUUAGCUUUUUGAAUGAACUUCGCAAGAAAGUCAAGUAUUGUGAUGUUGUCUUAGUUGUGAGAAAUGAAAAAUUCCCUGCUCACAAAGCUGUCCUUUGUUCAGCUGGUGGUUAUUUUGCAGCGGUGUUUGAACACAAUUUGCGCGAGAAAAAAGCGUAUGAAGUUGAGCUGCCUGCUAUCUGCCCGGGAGUUAUGAACGGCGUCUUGGAUUAUGUCUAUACUGGUAAAAUAAAUCUUGGUGAUUUAAAUCACAGCCAAAAUGUUUUGAUUGCGGCAGAUUAUUUGAGUUUAGCGAAGCUUCAAGAGGCGGCUAUAUUGCACAUGAAGUCAUUUUUAACCACGAAAAACUUUUUGGAAACGUUAACUUUUUCUGAACGUUACGAUUUUGUGGAACUGAGUAAACUAGUUUACGACUUUAUACAGACGAAAUUUACUGAGAUAAAAGAUAGCGGAAAGCAUUUGAAGUUUAGCUUGUGUCAGUUGAUGAAGAUCGUAAAGAGUGAUGAUCUUGUUGUUCAGACUGAGGAAGAUGUGUUUGAUGCUAUUAUACAAUGGAUAAAUCAUAAUCCAAACCAAAAUAAAGCAAUCUCUGAUUUAUUUCCCCUUAUUAGACUGUGUGAGAUACCAGAGUCGACCAUAGUUGACAAAAUUCUUCGUGAAAGCUUGGUGUUAUCGGAUGAGAAGUCUCUAAAUGCCGCCCUUGGUCAUCUCAAAGAAGUGAUGUAUUUGAAAGGUUUUUGUGAUGAUCAUGUCGCAGAGAACAGAAAGCCAAGACGUGUGAUUGAAGCUGUUAUUCUACUGUCAGGAAGUAAUGAACCAUUGUGUUUCAUACCCAGUGAUCAAAGUUGGUUUCACAUGCCAUCAAUGCAUUGGGAACACAAAAAUACUCCUAUAACAUUAUGUAAUGGUAAACUAUAUGUAACAUCUGGUAGAUCUGGCAAUGGACUGCUUGCUCAAACUGAGUUUUACAAUCCUCAAACCAAUAAAUGGAUAUCUACUGGUGCUUUACCAGCUUCAAGCUAUUGGCCAGGUUUGGUUUCAUUACAUGGUUUUCUAUACCUUGUGGGAGGACGGACUCCAACAAACCGACUUAAAACGGUCUGGCGUUAUGAUCCAAGAAUAAACCAAUGGGACAUGGUGGCAUCAUUAAGAGAAGAACGAAGUGGCCCAGCUGUUGUAAGUUGUAUGAAUCACAUUUAUGCUAUUGGUGGAAGGAAAAGUGCGAUUGAAGAUCUUAGAAGCUGUGAAAGGUACAGUCCUUUGACUAAUAUGUGGAAAGAUAUAAGUCCGAUGAAAACUGGGCGUUCACUGGCUGCUGCAGCUAAUAUUGCUCAUCGUAUAUUUGUGAUUGGUGGCAGCGAAGAUAGUGGAACGUAUCAACUUGCUAUUAACACCAACGAGGUGUAUAAUUGCUUGGUUGAUGAGUGGUCACUAAUUGCUCGUUGUCAUGCGGAUCGUGUUGCACCAGGCGGUUGCUCAAUAGGAAAUAGAAUCUACAUUUUUGGUGGACGAAAUCAACAGGAGUCUCUGACAAGUAUCGAGGCUUACGACAGCAGUAAAGAUGAAUGGGAAAUUGUGAGCAGCUGUGAUGAUCUUUUGAACACUUUCAGUAUAAGUUGCUGUGUAUUUUACCUUCAAAGAAACAUUUAAAUACGUUUACAAGAGUAGCUGCAGACAAUGCUGGACCUUGAUUGUUAAAAAGAAUGAAACUUUAAUUACUUUACGUAUGGGAUACAUUACGAAUUUUUGGGUGUGAAAAUGAUUAGUUAAAUAUCAACUACAUUUAGUAGAAUGAAAAGACACUUGUGUUUUGGUUACAUAUAUUGCUUUACAAUAAAAUGAGAAACAAUUAAAAUGCACUUAAA